AUGCCCUCCAAAUCACAGUCCCGCAACGCCUCACCCACCACGCUCUCUUCUCGCCGCCCCAAACUCAUGCGCGCUGCGGCAACGGCUCCCACCAUCGCCACUUCCAAUGCAUCGAGAAAUGAUCUCGCGAGCUUGCAGCAAGGCACGAGAGCAGCGGCGCUGCUCUCGAGAGUGGCCACGUACGCGACCGCCCAGCAGAACUGUGAGAGAGAGCAUCGGACGAGCAUCGGGAGUGCGUGUUCGAGUGGCCACGGCAGCCCCGACAGCCCAGAUAGCACGCAGGGUCUAGAAAGGAAAGCCGCUAUGGUGCAGCAGUCGGGCAACUACUUCAGCUUCCCCAGCUUUGAGGAUUUCCAAGAGUACCAGCACCAGAGUGACAGGCAUCAGAACGGAGAUUGA